AAAGGUUCUUGUUCUCCAUAAAAGAGAGUGUGUGUUCCUUUAACUUAUAUAACUCAAUUCCAUUUUAUAUAAAUAAGUUUCGUAUCUUAUACAAUUAACAUACAUUAAGCAGACGAGGUUGAUCGAUCUUGAUGGGGAAAACCGACGGAAGCUCAUGGUUCACGGCCGUUAAGAAUGUUUUCCGAUCGCCGGAGAAGUUAAUCCCUAGAAGAAUAAAUCGUCGACAAGACAACGACCUCGUCGAAGAAGUAGAGGACGAACUACACCAACGACCGAAGAGAAGAAAAAGAAGAUGGCUAUUUAAGAAAGUUUCUUCUGAUCCUUGUGCAAUAAACGUAGGAAUAAACACAACUUCCACGGCUAUUAACGCGAUUGCCGCGGAGGAAACAGAGAAAACUGUUUCGCCGGCGGCCAAAGAAACCGUAUUUUUCUGUCGAACGUCUGUCUACCUAAAGAGACACGUGGCUGCUAUUCUCAUUCAGACAGCUUUCCGAGGAUGCCUGGCAAGAACAGCGGUUAGGGCUCUAAAAGGAGUUGUGAAACUACAAGCCCUAGUGAGAGGCCAUAACGUUCGUAGAAGAACUAGCAUUACUUUGCAACGGGUCCAGGCUUUGGUUCGGAUUCAGGCUCUAGCUCUAGAUCACCGGAAAAAACUCACGACCAAGCUCGGGGACGAAAUUUCCUACUCUCAUGCUUUCUCUAAACAGAUGUGGAGAACAAUGGAAAGAGAAGCUCAUAGUGAAAGUGAAUUAGAGGACAAAAGACCGAGUAGAUUAAACGGGUACGGUUAUCAAGAAACCGGAAGGAGAAUGUCAACCGAUCAGGCUAUCGUUGAACCGGUCAAGAUAGUCGAGAUCGAUAAGUAUAAUAAUACGUACUCACACCACCAACAACUCAACGACCAGACGCCACGUGGCAAUUCUUUCGUCACACGGCAAGCCCAUUCAAUUCCAAAUUACAUGUCUACCACUGCCUCAACCGUGGCUAGGUUCCGCCGACCACAAAGCGUACCAAAACAGAGAUCAAACCGGACCUGUUUAGAUAACAACGAACCAAGAUUAAGAUUGGUUAGAAAGCGAUUGUCAUUUCACAAUGAUAAUCCGCAAUCGUACGGUUAUAUUGCCGGUGAUGGUUACUUUUGGUACGACAUCGACAAGAGAACGAAUGCUCACGAAGAUUUUCAGUACUAAAACUAACCGAAUCGGUUAAGGACAGACGAUUAAACCAUUGACGAUAAAGGAUAUUUUAUUUUAUUUAUGUAAGACCCAAAAUUUAUUAUUUUUCUAAUAUGCACCAAACAAUGAUCAAUUUUAGACUUUUUCUUCAAUGCUAAAACAAC